GGGAGGGGGGGGGGAGGUGGGAGGUGGGGGGGAAGCGGCACAGCCGAGCAGGGCGGAAUGCCCCUUUACAAGCGACGCAUCUGACUAAAAGAGCGGAGACGCUCGUAAAUCCCACGUCGGACACAGAGACACGGCGGCUCCUGCAGCGCGAAAGGGGAUGUUGGAGACCUUCAAAAGGGUCCACACAAAGCCGACAGUGGGUUCGAAUAUGGCACUGAUGUAUCGGAGGGACCAGGGAAACGGAUGUGUGUGACCGACUCCAGUUGGAACGUUGGGGAAAUAACCUCCUGGUGCACUACUGUGCAUAAGAAAAUUGAAAAAGAGAAGUUUACACUUACACAAAUUCAACAUGGCCUUUGACCUCAAAAGUCAAAUUCAGUGAAGGCAAAGCGAGCGGGGUGGGUGCCGCUCAGUCAUACACGGGCCCUACGAUCUGCUCCGUGUGAACCCCCCCCCGACCAAGGCGCCCCGCAGAGCCCCUCGUGUUCCCCCUCCCCCCACCCGAACCCCCUCUUUCUCAAUUCACGCCUUGCGAGAGGUGGACGAGCAGAAACUUCCCACCUCAGCGCCGGUCCGACGGGUGAGGACGGGUGAGGGCGGCCGGGGCUGCGCUGUCAUUGGCUGGCUGCCGGUGAGAGUGCGAUGCGGAUUGGAGUAUGUCGGGGGACUGGGAUGAAGACCUGUGUAAGAAGGCGCUGGCGCUGGUGGAGGAGCUGUGUUUCAACUCCCCGAGAGGCUACAGCCAGAGUGCACGCUGCCAGGAGUUCAGCUACCUGCUGAGAGGUCGCAUCGGACAGCUGGACACAGAGAUCUCUGUCAGUCUGCUGUCGGUCAUUGUGACAUUCUGCGGCAUUGUCCUCCUCUCCGUCUCCCUUUUCGUCUCCUGGAAGCUCUGCUGGCUGCCAUGGAGGGACAACGAGGGCGGCGGCCUGAGCCUGACCUCGGGGCUGCUGCCUGGAAGCGCCGGCGUGGGAAGCCUCGGGGGCACCGGGGGCUCCUCACUCCUACCGCCCCUGCUGCAGAGGAAGGAGGGACACUCCUCGUCCUCGCUCUACCCCUCGCUGGGACAGCAGGGACAGCACCAUCCCCAUUUCUCCGACCUGGUGGGGUUGGAGAGGGGGGAGGUGGGAGGCGUGGUCGGGGGGCCACAGGAGUCCCAGGAGCCGUCCUACCUGGACAUGGACUCCUACCCCAACAAUGCUGGAACCCUGAAGCUGAGUCAGACGUCUCCAGAUGUCCCUAACUCAGAGGUUGGAGCCCAGCCCCAUAAAGACCUGCCCAACGCUCAUUCCCAGCAGCAGGUCACCUCCCGGCCCAAGCCCAUGACUCACCAGCUCUCCAGUCCUGACUUCCACGGCGAGGAGAAGGAGCAGGUGACCAGCAUCGGGCAGAUCAAACCGGAGCUUUACCGGCCCAAGGGCGACCAGGGCGAAGGCAAACAGGGCGACAACUGCGGCAAGAUCAGCUUCCUGCUGCGCUACGCCUUCAAUACGGAGCAACUGGUGGUGAAGAUCCUGAAAGCUCUGGACCUGCCGGCGAAGGAUGCCAAUGGUUUCUCUGACCCAUACGUGAAGAUCUACCUACUGCCAGACAGGAAGAAGAAGUACCAGACCAAGGUCCACAGGAAGACCUUGAACCCCGUGUUCAACGAGACGUUCCAGUUCGGCGUGCCGCUGAACGAGCUACAUUCCAGGAAGCUGCACUUCUCCGUGUACGACUUCGACCGCUUCUCCCGACACGACCUGAUCGGCCAGGUGGUGGUGGACAACCUGCUGGACUUCAGCGAGGGCAGCGGAGACAAACCCGUGUGGAGGGACAUCGUGGAGGGCACGGCGGAGAAGGCGGAUCUCGGGGAGCUUAAUUUCUCGCUGUGUUACCUGCCCACUGCAGGACGACUUACUGCUACAGUCAUCAAGGCCACCAACCUCAAAGCCAUGGACCUGACUGGCUUCUCAGACCCGUACGUCAAGGCCUCUUUGAUCUGCGACGGGCGAAGGCUAAAAAAGAGGAAGACCUCUAUUAAGAAGAACACGCUGAACCCCACGUACAACGAGGCGCUGGUGUUUGACAUUCCCAACGAAAACAUAGAAAGCGUAUCCAUCAUCAUCGCCGUGAUGGACUACGACUGCAUCGGUCAUAACGAGGUUAUAGGGAUGUGUCGGGUGGGCAGCGAAGCCGACGGUCCAGGGAGGGAGCACUGGACGGCCAUGCUGGCGAAUCCACGCAAACCAAUAGAGCACUGGCAUCAACUUGUGGAGGUAAUGAGCACAGGACUGUGUGUGUGUGUGUGUGUGUGUGUGUGUAUUCAUAGGUCUCCUCCACCUACUGUUACUUUCAAUUAUUUAGUUUGUUCUGGGCCUGACAACUAAAACAAUUUUUUUGUA